AUGAUACCAACAUGAUCCAUUGACCCCACGUUGGGCGGGUGCCUUUUGAGGGCGCAGCUACGAUCGGGAGUGACCGUUGAGUGACGUUUAUAUGCUGCCCAGAAACAAUGUUUGCCAUUAUCAGACCACUGUGAGCUGCCAGUCACCUGAAAUUAUUACUUAAAGCCAAUUAUCUUGUGUCUUUCGGAAUCAUACUUUUGCCUUUCGUUCUGAGAUGAUUUACCUAAAGUUGCACUCUUAGUUUUCUUUCUGGGCACCGACCCCGCAGUAUUACCCACCGUCUACUUUGGUCCUCAAGUCAAAGCUCUCUGGCAUCAUCUCUGCGAUAGUUGCAGGUAUCUUCCAACAAAACCAUGGCACCGUCGACGGUUCACCUGCCAGAUGGGCAGACCUUUAUCGUGAGGCCUGUGUUUUCAGGACUGCAAUUCACGUCAAACGACAUGUACAGCAGGCGUUCACGCUCACCAUUCCCGCCAGGUUGGACAGUCGUCUUGCAUACUGAAGAUGAACGUGAUGAUGGCUCGGAUCAGCCCAGCUCCCAUAACAAAAAUAGUGCUGAUGGAAUCGAGCAUGGGAAGGAUCAUGAACCCAUACAGCCGCGAAUACGCAAGUACACGACACCAACGCUACAGGGUGAAACCGUUUUCAUCUCCAGUAUAGUAAAUCCGUCCUCUGAGGAUUUUGAGCCGGCCAAAAGCCCUUCACGGCACAUAGCUUUGAUGCUCUGGAUCACCCUAUACUGGUACUUCCAACAGCCAGAACCACAACCGCACAUUGAGACAGCUCAGUCUCGGCUCACGCCCGCGGAGGCACGACCUAAAGGGGAAUGGCGCAUCCGUAUCAAGCGCGAAGGUGUCCUGCAUUCUCGGAAUAUGAUUCCAAAACUUGAGAGAAUGGGCCUUAUAUCGACGUUGGACUCCGCUGUUGGCACAAGCGUUGAAGAAAACUCAGAAGGCUGGGAUCGUAUGUAUGUUACACAACAGGGCUUCUGGCAGAUACCGUUCGGGCUAUUUUUGUUCACCCUACAACCCAAACGACAUGAAUCUCGUCCAGGAUCACCAGACAGUAGUAGACCUACUUCGCCGAACUUGACUGAAUCACAUCCCAAAGGACACUCGCAUCAUCACUCGCCCAGUGGACUGCUUUCGGCGGAUUUACCUGGCGGGCCGAUACCGACGACUAUGAUGAAUAUACCGGUGCACCCUAUCACCCCGUAUUACUCUGCCUCACACAUGCCUACAUUCUACCCGCCCCCGCCACUUCAAUAUGUGAAAACCGAUGGAGUGCGACAUCCUCUGCGCCCGAAGCCGCCUCGAAUGGGCGAAAUAUUCUACACUCGACAUGUGCCCAGUGCCGGGAAAUAUCUAUCCUUUCGUGUCGCGUCAGCGUCUCAAAACCCUGUGCCUUACCUGGGCCCUACUAGUCACAGUGGUGCGAAGGAGAACGGUCACCUGAGCAAUCUAUCUGAUACGGAGCUGAUCAAGAAGUGGAUGUCAAAUCCACGUGUUACCAAAUUUUGGGGCAAUUAUCACGACAAAUUUCUGUCAGAUGGGCUGAACUCGCAGCAUUCUUUCCCAGCCAUUGGGAUGUGGGAUGGGGAGCCGUUUGGCUACUUUGAGAUAUACUGGGCGAAGGAGGACAUUCUUGGCAAACAUGUCCACGUCGAUGAUUUUGAUAGAGGUAUUCAUGUCUUUAUUGGAGAAGAGUGGGCUAGAGGCAGUGUGCCGCUGUGGUCUUCAGGCCUAGCACAUUGGAUUUGGCAAGCAGAUAAUCGGACGAUGAACAUCUGUCUGGAACCGAGAAUUGACAACGAAAGGUUUAUUGACCAUUUGCAGAAGCAAGGUUUUCAAAAGGUACGCCAGAUCUCAUUUCCGCAUAAGCAAUCAUGGUUGGUACGAAUGGCCCGAGAUACAUGGACGGCCCCGAAUCUAUAGAAUGGAUGUCUGAGGAGUUUCAAGAAAAAAAAGGCUCAAUGUACGGACUUGUUUUGUGUCAAGCGGGUGGACUGGAAAGGCAAGACGUACCUUGAAUUGUAAGCGAUCAGAUGUCAAUUGUGGACCGCAUAUCGUUAUUGGUAUGUUAAUAAAGACAAGAUGG